UUCAGCUGGGUUCAAUUCGGGUUCAGUAAUUUAGCUGACUUUUAUGAAUCGCUUUGGUAUCAUAAGAAAGUAAUUUAUCUUGAAAGUAAAAUAGAUGUCAAUUGCAAGGUACAUAAGUAUGAAGUGUUUUGUUGGUGUUGGGGUACAAAGAGCUUUUAUAAUGAAAUCCUGAAUAUGGACCAGAUAAUUAGACUGCUUAGAAUCAGUCAGAGAUUCUAGUGACCUCCCGGAUCAACAACACAGAAGAAAAGAAUUUAAUUUCAGUAUAGAUGACCAUGCAGCAUGCAGUUCAAGUGUGGUUUGGAGAUGAUCUUCCUCUAAGCCCCCGAAGUCCCCUCACUCCCCGACAUGGGCCAGGUUUGGCAGACGUUUGCCAGUAUGAUGAAUGGAUAGCAGUACGCCAUGAAGCUACUUUGGUACCUAUGCGGGAAGAUUUGGCGAUCUGGCUAAAUGGUUUAUUGGGUGUUGAUGUCAAGGCAGAAAGAUUAUUAGAAGAACUUGAUAAUGGUGUCCUUCUAUGCCAACUGAUCAAUGUUCUGCAAAACACAAUUAAAACAUGUUGUGAUUCUGAGGAACUAGGGGAUUUUCCAAUGAGAAAAAUUCCCUGUAAAAAAGAUGCCCCAUCAGGCUCCUUCUUUGCUAGAGACAAUACUGCAAACUUCCUUCACUGGUGCAGGCGUGUUGGUGUUGAUGAGACCUACCUCUUUGAAUCUGAAGGUUUAGUUUUACACAAAGAUCCAAGACAGGUUUAUCUUUGCCUUCUGGAAAUUGGGAGAAUUGUAUCAAGAUAUGGGGUUGAACCACCUGUAUUAAUAAAACUUGAGAAAGAGAUUGAACUAGAAGAAACUUUGCUCAAUACCUCUGGGUCUCUCCUGCCAGACAGCCCAGCAAAGUCCUGCUGUCACCAGGGAGAGCUCCACGAAGCUGUUAAGCACAUUGCUGAAGAUCCUCCAUGUAGUUGUUCUCAUCGAUUUUCCAUUGAGUAUUUGUCUGAGGGGCGCUACAGAUUGGGAGACAAAAUACUUUUCAUAAGAAUGCUUCAUGGCAAACAUGUGAUGGUUCGUGUUGGUGGAGGCUGGGAUACUCUUCAAGGUUUUCUGCUUAAAUAUGACCCCUGCCGAGUGUUGCAAUUUGCAACUCUGGAGCAAAAAAUCCUUGCAUUUCAAAAAGGCAUUUCUAAUGAGAGUAUUCCAGAUUCACCUGCCAGAUCCCCUGCACCACCUUUAAUGGACCCAAUGUCGGCUGUCAACAUGAUUCAGAAGCAAAAUUCGAGACCCGGCACGCCAGUUUCCGUGCUGAGAGCUAGGGAGAAGCAGGCCAUUAGCAAACGCCCUCAGUCUCCUGCUCAGGCAUGUGCCACCCCUACACCGCAUCUGCCCAGCUCACUAAAAUCUGGUCACUCAAACUCUGGACGUUCUAAAGUACCAAAUUCAUCAACAACAGCUUCUCCUCAACAUCUUACAAGUUCAAAAGGAGCACCAAAAAAACCAUUGUCUCUUGCCCAUCCAGUCAGUAAAAGCACCUCUUCCUCUGCUUCUUUGAAGCCUGCAUCGAGUGUCUCUGAGUCUCUACGGAAACGUGUCUUGUCCCCUGAUCACCCCAAAGUCAAGCACCCACCAGCACAGAAUUCAGAGAGCAGGCCACCCCCUGCUCAUCUUUCACAGAAGUCUUCUGUGCAGUUAAAACACAAUUCUGUUUCUUCUAAGCACAGUACAGUGUCUCACUCAGCAUCACCAAAGCCUCCCAAGCUUCCUGCAGCAAACAGCAGGCUAGGAUCUAAGCCUUCCCCAUCUCUUCAGUCCCCUGCAAAAAUGACAAAAUCUAGCACUAAAAGCACAGUGGAAAGACCAGCAAUGGCACAAUCUCAGCCACCCAGCAGAAGGCCGCCGGCAAGUAGAGUCCAGUCACAGAAGCUCAAAUCAGCCCCUCAUUUAAACCAACCAAUUUCUGCAGCCUGCAUUUUGCCUGUGAAAACAGCCCAUGUGACCACCUUGCUGGGACCAACUGGUAAGAAUGUGGCUUCUGAAACUAAAAAACCUUCCCAGAAUAAGAACAAAGGUCUUCUGACAGGGGCUAACCUGUCAAAAUCUUCUGGACGUACCCCAUUGUCAGUUGUAAAGCUUUCCCAGUCUUCCAUUAGAACACAGACUUCAGUAAAGGCCCCCCAGCCCACCACAAAGGGUCAGUCUUUGAUGAAAACCCCACCCAAGAGUGGCAGGACCAUGGCUCUGCCAACCAAGAAGCCCCUCUUGUCUGGGCAGCAAGCAGCUAGUGAUGGGGAGAAGCCCACUCUGAAGAAAAAGGAAGAUGACCAUUAUUUUGUUAUGACUGGAAAUAAGAAAGCUAGAAAGUAAAUAAAAAUGAGUCAUGUUGCAGCAAGCACAGGAAAUAAGAAAAGAAUCUAAUUUAAAUGUUCAAGGUCUUUAGUAAGGUCUUUUUGCUUUGUUGUGUCUGAGUUUGCAGUGGUUAGCUGCACUGAGGAAGAACACAAAAUACUGAGCACUGCAAAGAACAUUGGCUUUGAGUAAGAAGACCUGGGUUUGAAUUCUGUCUGUUAUUUGCAGGUGUGCCCUUGGGCAAGCCUCAGUUUCCUCAUCUCUAGAAUGAGGGAAUUUGGUUGGAUCUUGAAGGUCACAUCUGGCUCAGAAUAAGUGGGCAUUUUCAGCAAAAGAUGGCACCCAGGAGCUUCAAGCUCCUGGCUUACUGUGACAGUGCCACUAAUGGGAGUGGUAUCCUGUUCAAGCGUUUCUGCUAAUGUCUAUAUAUGCAGGAAAGCCUGAAAAAUUCAAUAACACUACUGAAAUUAUGGCUGCGCUCAGUGUCAAUCUAUGAAAAUGUCAGCUAUAAGGUUGUAACGUGUCCCAUAAGCAACACUAAGCCCUUGUCUGUAGCUUAAUACUUGUAUACAACAAAGUCACCCCUACCUUUCCUGUUCAGCAUUGCCAAGAAGGCAUCAAGCAGAUGAUCACUGUUUGUUAAUGAUUAGGCUUGGAUUACUCUGAAUUACUGUAGAUUUUUAAAAACUAUUUUAAUUUUCUUGAUGAAUGCCCCCAGACAAACUCUGGAUUGAACUCAGCAAAUGCGUGAUGUUACCACGAAUAACAUUUUACUACUUGCGCCUAAUUUAUUGGCUUGUGAAUACUGUACUGUAGAUAGGAACUAAACCUGGUUCAGUCUGCUAUCUGCACAUGUGCAGAUGUUUUGUACUUUAGAAGGUGGAUUGGUGUGCAAAGUAUAUUGAGAAAGUGGACUCAGUAGCUCUUAGAAAAAUCCUAACAAUUGUUUUAACACUGUUUUUGUUGAACUUCACAAGACGGGUUGACAUUUAAAAAGGUGAAUGUCAGAAUCCUGUUGGAUUAAAAUCUUUAAAGUGAAAGACAAGAAAUGUAUUUUGAGUGGUGCUCCAAAAAUUGUCUUUCAGAAAAUAUGUUUUUCAUUCUUUAGAGAACUUAGCUUUGCCAAUUUUAACUACAUUCUCAAAGUUAUGCAUUUUUCCUCGACCUGGAGCAAGGCUCCCUUCAGUAUUCAGGUAAUCAAUCAGUGUGACACGUUUGUUUCUGUAGCCCCAGCCCCAUAGGAAGGAGAUAGAGCUAAAUCAUGUCAUGAUAAUAGACUAGAAGGUUGUGGAGCUUGUAAAUACUUGAAAGUGUUCAAUUUCUCAGUUCUAGCAUAUUUAAGGCACCAUGCUUUUAGGAUAUUUUGUCUUUGUGGUGUUACAUUGUAUCUUUCCUGCAGGUUCUUAUAGUGAAUCAUGACUUUUGUGCUUGGGAUGUAUGUUUAACUAAAGUCACAGUUUCCUUAAAAAAAGCAGAGUAUACAUUUUCAGAAACUUAUUUUCAGUGGCUUAAAUUGAUUGUCAAUAUUCCGCAGUCUAGAAAGCCAGGAAACCUUCUAUAAUAAAUAAGUGCUUCGUCUCUCAGAUGCUUUUAAUAUAGGGGGCUAUAUAAUAGGUCAGUUUUUGGAAUGACUGUAAUGUUACAUGUGUGGUUUCAAAUAAUUCAAUUCCAAUAACAUUUAUUAAAUGUCUCCUAUGUACAAGACACUGUGUGAAGUGUUGGAAACUAUAAAGACAAAAAAAAAUUGUUGGUUUAAAAGGAAUAUUCACAAAACAGUUGGCCAAAGCCUACUGGUAUUCAGGCAAUUUGGGAAGAGCCUGCUCAUCUUUUCAAAGACAGUUAACUUUCUCAACAAGAAGUUCAUAAAUUAUUGCUCUUAUUAAUAAAUUAAGAGCUACCAGUGGAUGGAGAAUUGGUUCACUGUUGACCCAUGCUAGCAGUGUGACCCUGAGCAAUCCAUUUAACCAUGAAGGUGUCGACCUGCAAUGGGAGAGGGAAUUUCCUUACCUGGGAGCUCCCAGUACCACUGAGAUCACUGGUCUAGUCUCCGUCCCCAUUAGUGAAUUAAAAGUUAACGCACUUUUAAGAGAUGAACAACUUGCAUUUAAGAAGGACUUUUAAGUCCACACUGAGACCCAGGACGACAUAUCUUUACUAGUGGUCUUCUAGAACUUUCAUAUUUUUAUAUUUUUUCAUUUUUGAUAUUUCAGGAAGCUAGGAUAUAUAAUAUAUACACAAUUCUGCAUACUAAACUAGAGAAUCAGAAAGUUCUCUUGGCAUCUAACAUCAAUACAUUAAAAGAGUUGGGCUGGAUGGCCUCUGGUCUCCUUUCUGCUCUGGAUUUGUGAUUCUCUGAUCUGGAACAGGACUGCCCUGGAGUCCACAGCUGCCUCAUCAGCAUGUAGAGAUCCCCUGUAGCUCCUAAAAGCUGGAUCAGCAGAGCACAAACGUAGUCAGGUGCUGCCAGGCCUCCACUAUGGGCCUGGCAACAGACUCUGUGCUUAUCAUCUGAGGACCAGUCUAGCAAAGUUUACCAGACCAGCCAUUGGGAACUGUUAAUUACUUGGCUUGUGCCAAGCUCUUGGAGACAGUCUGCUGUAUGAUGUAGAUGAGCUGUGAUAUGUAUCAUUGGUGAAAACCCACGCCAACCAAACCGUGGCUCCAAACAAAAGCAAUGUUUCUUAACCAUUGGCUGAGUGUAGUAGUGUGGCUUAUUAGAUCUGGAGACCUCCCUCUUCAGCUAUUCUCAUGGCACACAUCUAUUAAAUUAGGCAUUGUUUUAUCCUGCCCCAAGAUUUUAACCACCUAAACCAGUUAGUUUCCCUAAAUGCCAUCAAAAUGUGUCCCAGAGAGCUACCUUUUUGUUAUAUUUUUCAGUAUCUGAAAGUGUAAUAUUUUUAUUAGACCCAGAUGGCCCAGAGGUGAGGAGGGUGAAAGAAUAUUAUUUUCAGAGUUGCAUUUGGCUAUUUGAUAAAGUUUGAGUGUACAAUUCAAAUUACCAAAGUUCUUGGAAGAAGCAAUCAUGUCUGAUUUGAUUUUGAAAAACAGUGCAAUAAGUUUUUAAUUACUUGCUGCAUAUUAGUAAUGUAAUGAAUGUGUUAGGGAGAACUUCUGAAGAAAUCAUGACACUGCUUCUUUUUAAAAAUUGUUCGGUCUUGAAUAAGCUGCUGAAGUUAAUACGAGCAUUGAUCCGAAAGGACAGUGUUAACUGUCUACAAUACAAUCAUGUAUGUGGUGUUUGUUGCUGACUAAAAGAAAAAUCCUGCAUUACCAAAAAGAUCCGACGUUCUUAUGUCUAAUUUUAUGAGGAUUCAAUACUUGACUCUGGAAUCACUUAUUUAUAUUGGUUUUGUUUUACUAGCACAACUUACUUUAAGUAUUAAACAUUCAAGU